ACUCUCUUCUUUUGUUCUCCUUACUCCCAACACUUAUAAACCCUAAUUUCGCUCUCUCCUUCCUUGAUCAUCUCUUCACAAACUUCUUGGGCGCUCCUCAUCUUUGAUCCAGGGUUUCGAGAGAAGGAUUUAGCGUGUUCUAAUCAUCAUGAUGCGGAAUUCAACAGAGCAGUUUUCGCGAAUCGAGACUACAUGUGGAUUGUUACUUCGUCAAUUGCAGGAAAUAUGGAAUGAAAUGGGAGAGACUGAGGAUGAGAAAGAUACUGCUUUGGCUGAUAUCGAGAAGGAGUGUCUCUCGGUUUAUAAGCGAAAAGUUGAAGAGGCUAGUCGUUGUAAAGCCAAUUUGCUUAAAGAAAUCGCCCUUGGAAGAUCUGAAAUUGCAGCCAUUGGUUCUUCUAUGGGUGGACAAGAGAUUCAUUUUAACAGCAGAUUGGGAGAAAACUUGAAGGAAGAGCUUGAGAAUGUUAAUGUUCAAUUGGAUGGACUACGCAAAAAGAAAGCUGAGAGAAUGAAUCGGUUUCGUGAAGUCAUUGAUCAGUUACUGAAGUUGUCAUCUCAACUUGGAAAUCCAACAGAUUAUCUGAAGAAGUUUGCUGCAGAAGAGACUGAUCUUUCACUUCAGAAGUUGGAGGAAUUGCGUAGGCAAUUGGCUGAACUCCAGAAUGAAAAGAGUAAGAGAUUGGAAGAGGUAGAACGUUUGCUGAAAACGCUUAACUCGUUGUGCUCGGUGCUUGGUGAAGAUUUCAAGGACAUGCUAAGAGGGAUACAUUCAUCUCUGGUUGAUUCUAACACCAGAGAUGUGAACAGAAGUACUCUUGAUAAGUUGGAUAUGAUGAUUGUGAAUUUACGAGAGGUCAAGUUACAGCGAAUGCAGAAGGUUCAAGAUCUUGCGGUCUCCCUGUUGGAGCUCUGGAAUCUGCUGGACACGCCUGCGGAAGAGCAAAAGAUAUUUCACAAUGUCACCUGCAGCAUCGCUUUGUCUGAGCCUGAAAUAACUGAGGACAACAUACUAUCUGUUGCUUCCAUUAAACGCGUUGAUGAUGAAGUCACUAGGCUUAGCAAGCUUAAAAUAACUAAGAUCAAAGAGGUGAUACUAAGAAAAAAGCUUGAGCUUGAGGAAAUAUCAAGGAAGAUGCACAUGGCUACCGAAGUUCUCAAAUCAGAAAACUUUUCAGUUGAAGCUAUAGAAUCUGGUGUCAAGGAUCCUGAGCAGUUGUUAGAGCAAAUUGAUUCCGAGAUUGCAAAGGUCAAAGAGGAAGCUUCAAGCAGGAAGGAGAUUCUUGAAAAAGUGGAGAAAUGGAUGUCAGCAUGUGAAGAAGAGUCUUGGCUUGAAGAGUACAAUCGGGAUGAUAACCGGUACAACGCUGGAAGAGGAGCUCAUCUUACAUUAAAGCGUGCUGAAAAAGCCCGUGUACUUGUCAAUAAACUUCCUGGGAUGGUGGAGGCUUUGACUGCCAAAGUCACUGCCUGGGAGGCUGAAAGAGGAAAUGAAUUCUUAUAUGAUGGUGUCCGAGUUUUAUCGAUGCUUGAUCAGUACAAGACUCUAUGGGGAGAAAAAGAGCAUGAAAAACAGAGACAAAGAGAUCUGAAGAAACUCCAUGGACAACUCAUAACAGAACAAGAAGCCCUUUACGGGUCUAAACCAAGCCCAAAUAAAAGCGGAAAGAAACCACUGAGAACGCCAGUGAAUGCUGCCAUGAACAGAAAACUCUCACUUGGUGGUGCCAUGCUUAAUCAAAGCUUGAAGCCUGAGAAGGCAACAUUCAAUGGCAAAAGGAGCAGCUACUAUGACCAGAACGCCACUAGUAGGAGAGAUUCAACUCUUCCAACUCCUUCAGGGAGGAGAAACUCAGAGCUUCCAGGUCGUCUCAGAUCAAAGAACGUCUCAGUUUCAGGCAAAACUGUGACGAACAAAGGGAGAUCUCCAAUGCUUAGGAAGCCUCUUUCACCUGUCACUUCCAAUAUCUUGAAUUCCCCAGAAGAUCACAGGGAUGCUUACACAACAAAACCAUCAUCUUUAGAGGAGAGAAUCUUGACACCUAAAACCAAUGAAGAAAACGAAAGAGUUGUACCAACAACUCCGGCAGCUUCAGUCGCAAUGAUGGAGGCAACAACGCCGUUCACUCCUGCGGUGGAGAAGAGAAUGGAUGAAGCACCCGUUGCUCUUGAGUACUCGUUUGAAGAGGUUCGGGCCGGUUUUUGCUAAACCCGUUGCUGUUGAGUACCCUUAAGAAAGCUGCUUCAGAUUGUAUCCGAUUUACCGCUUUCUUCUAGUAAUUUCAAAUCAGAUACUACUUCGUUCGGGCCGGUUUUUCGCUAAACCGUGGAAAACCCGGUUUCCUCCCUUUAGGAAGCUGCUUCAAAAUGUAUCCGAUUUACUUGCCUUUUCUAGGAUUUGAUAUUUUUCCGGUACUUACAAAAAAGAAGUUUAAUAUAGUA